ACCUCUGCUCCGCUCAUGUAGUCGAUGUGGGUGGAGACGAAGAGGCAUUGAUUUCUGUUCAACGUGGUCACAAUGCAUCUUCAACCACCUCCCAAAGUGGUUUCGUAGAUAGGAUAACAAUCCGUACUCUGUUACAUUACAAUACAUAUUUUAACGUCAGGUGUAAAUGUCACCUCUGAAUUAGUUAUUAAAUUAAUUUGUUUGAUUACUUCUGCAGGAAAAAGUAUGUGUCUAACAACCAGUUAAAAUACACCAGAAUGGCAUCUACUUCUUUAAAGUUUUAUGGGGGGGGACCACCCCGCCCCCCACAUUACAAAUGCUGCUGACGCCCAUGCCCAACUGUAAAUACAAUGCGUCCCCGCUCCUCCCACAACAACUACUAUGAGCGGAAAUACGUCAUAGAGCUGCGCUAGCUGGACGCUUACGAAGCUGGCAAGAACAACAACAACAACAACAACAAUUUGUUUGCAGACAACAGGAAAAUGGAAGAUUACAGAGGAUGGAGUGCCGACGAGACGCGGUGUUUGCUCGCGCUGUGGUCGGACAAAAGUGUGCAGGUGAAACUGGACAUGUCGUAUCGUAACCGCGCCAUUUACGAGGAGAUAGCGAAGUCCAUGGCGGACAUUGGGUAUAAACGCACCUGGCUACAGUGUCAGCGGAAGAUUAAACAUCUGAAACUGGCUUAUAGAAAAGCCAAGGACAGCAACAAAGGGAGUGGUAAGGGCAGGACAGCCUGUCCCUUCUUCGAGGAGAUCGACGCGGUGGUCGGCGGCAGACCCGCGCAUUGCCCUGGUUCCAGGGAUGUGUCGGACAACAUGGAGCCGUCCAACGGCGAGGAGACUUUAAAUGGAGAAGAGCAGACAGAGAGUGAUGACGAUGCUGUUAGGUUACCGACUGCCUCUGAACCAUCCGCGUCAUCCACACCAUCAACGUCUGCUCCCUCAGAAGCCGAGGGCCGCAGGAAACGUUGCUCUAAAGUCAAUGCAGCAGGUGGCAGCAGCAGGAGGAAAAAGUCCCGGAUCCACACAGCCAUAGAGACUCUUACAAAGGCUUUGGAAAAAUCAGAGAAAGCUGAGCAAGACCUGCAACUGAAAUUGCAAGCCGCGCAGCACGCACACGAGACCAAGCUGAUUUCUAUGAUGUUGCAGGCGAUGAACGGUCAGCCUGCUUUUCAACUCCCUCAACAAACCACACUUCCACCGGGAUCACCGUCUUCCCUCUCUCCUGGUCCUGGCCUGGCAGCUGCAGCAGCAUGUUUUGCUUUCGUUUGUUGUAAUAUGUUUAACACAAACACGGGACAGACACCAUGAGCACACAUCCAGACUUUCAUAACUCAUAUACUUACUUCGUCCUUCUGUAGUUUUGUAAAUUAUUGUACUUUUGAGAAUUAAAUGCAAUAUUGUUGUGCAA